CAAUAAAAUAAAAGAAACCUCACAUACCGGGGAGGUUUUAUUUUGAAAUAGUUUUUGACCGGAUAUGACGUAUGUGUUCCGCCGACUUUCUGCUCGGUUCGGUUCGUGAAGUUCGGACACUUUUACAGUGUCAACAGUCACCAAACUUCUCUAAACAGCGACACUUUCCCUUGGGGAUGAACGCGUGAACACUGAACAUGAACGAGUUAAUGUUCUAAGAUUUUAUAGUUUAGAAAAUGUUGGAGCAGGACAGACAACGUCGUCCUCACUGAGAGGAGGCGGAGGAGGAGGAGAAGAAGAAGAAGAAGAAGAAGAAGAAGAAGAAGAAGAGUGUCAGGAUGGAGCGAGCUCACAGCCUCCUGCUGAACGAGGAGACGUACACUCAGCUGUCUGAACACCAGAGGGCGGAGUUUAUCUUUGAGUGGCUGAAGCACCUAAAGAAGCUGCUGCCGGCCACUGACCGCGUGGACAUCAAACAGAACCAGCGGCGUCUGGUCGAGCAGCUGUCGAGCGUUCUGAUUGGCUCGCCGGGGCCGCCCACCCGCUGGCUGCUGGCCCACUGUCUGUCCCUGCUCUACAGCCUGGGAGACCCCAUGUCCUCCAGCCUUUUGGUGGACCGGUGCAAUGACGUCCUCCGCUGCAGAGACGACUCUCCGUCAGCCCUGCCCACACGACUGGCAGCUGUAGCGUGUCUUGGUUCUCUUUAUGAGCAGCUUGGUCGGAUGCUCGUUAGCUCCUUCAGAGAAACUCUGACCGUCCUGCUGAAGGCGAUGAAGAGUGCUGAGUCUCAGGGCCGAUAUGAGAUGAUGUUGAGUCUGGAGAAGAUGCUGCGCGGUUUGGGCGCCAGCGCCGCGCCGUGUCACCGCGACGUCUACAAAGCAGCAAGAACCUGUUUGACGGACCGCUCCAUGGCCGUGCGCUGCGCCGCCAGCAAGUGUUUGCUGGAGCUGCAGCGGGAGGCGGCGUUCCUGUAUACCAGCGAGCUGGACAACGUGGCCACGCUCUGCUUCAGAGCCUUCGAGGGCUCCAACUACAACGUCAGAGUUUCAGUCGCCAAACUGCUGGGAACGCUGUUGGCUGCCGCCAUGGAGCCGCGUCAGCCUGCCGCAGGCCCCAGACAGGGUGGGCGGGGUCGAAGCUCCCUGGAGGAGGUGAUGGAUUUGUUGACAGCAGGCUUCCUGCGUGGUGGAGCGGGUUUCCUCCGAGUCAGUGGAGACAUGCUGAAGGGGACGAGCUCCGUCGGGAAGGACGUUCGCAUCGGUGUCACUCAGGCCUGCGUCGCCCUCGUCUCUGCCCUGGGAAGCUCGUGGCUGGAGUUGAACUUCCCCGCUUUUCUGUCUCUGCUGAUGGAGCUGGCGUCUCACAGCAGAGCCACACAGACGCCGGGCGACGCCGCGGUGACCCGUCGCUGCGUCUCCUUCGUCUUGAGGAGCACGCUGGGUUCCCUGCUGGGAGAGAAGGCUCAGAUCAAUGCCGUCACACAGCUGUGCGCCGCCGUGGCAACGCAGAACCGAGCCAUCGAUGCAGCAAUGACUGAUGGGAACAUGGAGACCAGAGUGUCGUCCUCAGAUGUCUCAGCCAGUCAACAUGUCCUCGUCUGCUGUCUCCUGGAGCUCGGAGGACUCGUUCAGGGACUGGGCUCCAUGGCCACGCCCCUCCUGACUGACAGCAGCACAGCCCUUCUGGACACAGUGACCUCCGCCCUCCUCCACCCCGCCUCCUCCGCUCGGCUCGCUGCCGCCUGGUGCCUGCGCUGCGUCGUCACGGCGAUGCCGUCCCAGUGUUCCCCGCUGCUGGACCUCUGCUCCGAGCGCCUGGCGGCGCUGAAGGCGUCGCCUGAGGCCGUGGUCGGCUACGGAGCCGCCAUCGCCGCCCUGGUGGCCUCUGUGCAGCACUGCCCUCUGGGAAUACCACACACCAAGGGCAAGGUGGUUCUGGCUCUGGCUGAGCAGCUGCUCCGCUCCGCCUCUCACAGCAGUCGUAUGUCAGUGCAGAGGACUCAGGCCGGGUGGAUGCUCGUCUCCGCCCUCGUCACUCUGGGCCCUGCUGUGGUCGGGCAUCACCUCCCCCGCCUCCUCCUCCUGUGGCGCUGUGUGUUUCCUGCCUCACUGAGGGAGCAGGAGAUGGAGCUGCAGCGAGGAGAUUUCUUCACGUGGCAGGUCACUCUGGAGGGGCGAGCAGGAGCGCUGUGUGCGAUGAAGAACCUGCUGCUUCACUGCAGAGAUCUGGUCACUGAUGACAUCACGGCUCGUCUGCUCACACCUGUGUGCUGUGCUGUGUCGCUCCUCACCAGGUUACCUGCUCUCCUCAGGUCUCACAGUUCAGUCAGAAGCUGUUCAAUUGUCUACAGACUCAGAGUCUAUGAGCUGCUCACUCUGCUGCCAACACACACUUACCAAGAGAGCGUUGGUGUGGUCAUGAACCAGCUGGUGUCUGAUCUGUCGGGUCAGGAGAACCUGAACCAGCCGUGUUCAGACCUCACACUGCUGCCCCCUCUCUGUCACCAUGACGACCUGUCGCUGGUUGGCCCCGCCCUCCUGGACACUGACCACAGAUACCUGGAGGAACAGCUCUACGGCAGCAGUGUGGGCGGAGCUUCUCUGGACAACGACCCUUUCAGUCUGUGUGACAGGAGUGACGGCGCUCCCGCUGCGCCCCUCCCACCCACCGUCACUCUGACCGCAACCGCCGUCCGUCUCUUUGGCGCGGUUUACCCUCAUGUCAUCUCUGCUCAGAGAGUGAAGAUACUGGAGCAGUUUGUGGACACAGUGAACAAACUAAAGGGUCAGCGGCAGCAGACGGUCCAGACUCAUGUCUGUGCUGCCCUCUGCAGUCUGCUCAAGCUCCAGGGCAGCACUCAGAGCAUCCUGGGGCCCGAGGACAUCCGUGCCCCGGCGCUGUCCCUCCUGACGGGGGCGCUGGAGAGCGUCAGUCCUCUGCUGCGCUGCCUGGCUGCUGAAGGUCUGGCCCGGCUGGUGCAGGUGGUCGGAGACCCCGGCUUCACCGUCUCCAUCUCUCUGCUCUGCUUCGACAGGCUGAAGACGUCUCGGGACGGAGCGUCCCGCUGCGGCUACGCUCUGGCUCUGGGGACGCUGCACCGUUACACUGGACGGAUCAGCUCUCCUCAACAUCUGUCCACGUCCCUCGGAGUCCUGUUCACACUGAGCCAGGACAGCACCUCACCUGAGGUCCAGGCCUGGUCUCUCCACAGUCUGUCUCUGGUGGUGGACCUGUCCGGCGGCCUGUACCAUGUCCACGCAGAGCCGUCUUUCACUCUGGUGCUGCGACUGCUGCUGUCGGCUCCGCCCACUCACCCUGAGGUCCACUGCAGCCUGGGACGCUGUCUGUACACACUGAUCACAUGUCUGGGUCCUGACCUACAGGGUGACAGCGUGUCUGUGUCCUCGCUGCGGUCCAGUUGUCUUGUGGGAUGUGGACUGAUGCAGACCAGCCCAGACUGUCUGGUCCAGUCCAGAGCCAUUUCCUGUCUGCAGCAGCUGCACAUGUUCUCCCCACCGCACGUCAACCUGUCCAACCUCGUCCCCGCCCUGUGUGAAAUCUUACUGGAUCAUUCCAUGUUGGUGGACCUCUGCAGCUCGUACCUGUGUCUACGUCGGUCAGUGUUGGCGUGUCUGCGGCAGCUCGUCCAGCGGGAGGCGCUGGAGGUUUGUGAACAUGCAGUGACUCUGGUCAAAGAACUGCCGAGACGAGACAACACACAGUUGGACGUCACCAUUAAGGAAGUGGGUCUGGAGGGGGCACUGUUCUCUCUGCUGGACAGGGAGUCAGACCCAGGUCUGAGGAGGGACAUCCAGGAGACACUGGUCCACAUGAUGGUGUCCAGCGCCACCAAGGGGAAGCUGGGACACUGGCUCAAACUCUGUAAAGAUGUCCUGUCUGCGUCCACAGACUGUUGUGCUCCGGUGGAGGCGUGUCAGGAGGAGGAGGAGGCGGAGUCUGUCAGGGACGAUGACUCCUCUGCGUUCAGAGCACGCUCAGAGUGUGUGGGUCCGUUCACGGCGCUGCGAUGGUCCACGCGAUGCGUCGCCAUGGAGUGCGUGUGUCGCAUCAUUGCUCAGUGUGAAGCCGCUGACCCCGCCCACUUUGACAUGGUGCUGGCUCAGCAGAGACGACAGCAGGAGUCCACAGACUUCCUGGUUCUUCAUCUCGGGGAGCUGGUCCGCAUGGCGUUCAUGGCGGCGACAGACCACAGUGACCAGCUGAGACUGGCGGGUCUGCAGACUCUGCUGGUGAUCAUCACACGCUUCUCCACCAUUCCUGAGCCCGAGUUUCCUGGUCAUGUAAUCCUGGAGCAGUACCAGGCCAACGUUGGCGCUGCUCUUAGACCCGCCUUCUCUGCUGAUGCUGCUCCUGAUGUCACCGCCAAGGCCUGUCAGGUGUGCAGCGCGUGGAUCGCCAGCGGUGUCGUCAGCGACCUCCGUGACCUCCGGCGUGUUCAUCAGCUCCUGGCCUCGUCAUUGGCUAAAGUCCAGGAUGGGAGGGACACAUCCAGCCAGCUGUACAACGAGGCCACAGUUACCAUGGAAACACUGGCUGUCCUCAAGGCCUGGGCACAGGUUUACAUCGUAGCUGUUCAGAGGUGUGGACAGAAGGAGAGCUGUGAUAGGACGGCUCACCUGUCGCUCUCCACUGAUGACGGCUGGCGCUGUGAGUCUGGAGGGGCGGGGCUUCUGAAGCUGGUCCAGUCAGAUUUGUCGACUCUGAGUCGUCUGUGGCUGGCGGCGCUGCAGGACUCCGCCCUGCUGACGCUGCCGCAGGAGUUCACGUCACGGCUACCUGCAGCAGGAGGCUCCUUCUACACAGCAGAGACUGUGAACCAGGCCAGAGCUCAUUACUGCUCCUCCUGGGCUCCCAUCCUCCACGCCACCUCCCUCUGGCUGCACAGCACAGGUUUCGUGUUGUCUGAUGAUGCACCUGCCAGCCUGUCCAGACCGGCCACGCCCACUUCAAUGGGACACACUGACUCUGUGGGCGGGGCCAAGAGUCCAGAAGACGUGAGCAGCGACAGACUGAACCUGAUCCUGGGGAUCAGUGUGGAGUUCCUGUGUUCACCGCACUCCCACGACCAGAUGGAGAACAUCACUUCCUGUCUGCGAGCUCUGCAGGUGCUGCUCGACGCCCCCUGGCCCCGCGCCAAGAUCGGAAACGACCAGGCUCUGAGCGUGGAGCUGCUCAGCGUCCUCCACAGACUCAUGGUGACCCGGGAGGCGGCGUCCGUUCAGCUCGCCGUGUUGGAUCUGCUGCGACAGAUUGUGACGGCGGCUCAGGAGCACGUCAGAGAGAAACGCCACAGUGCAGAAGUGGACGACGGUGCUGAGGAGAAGGAGACGCUGCCAGAGUUCGGGGAGGGACGAGACACCGGCGGUCUGGUUCCCGGACGCUCGCUGGUGUUCGGAGCGCUGGAGCUCUGCCUCUGUGUUCUGGUCCGGAAACUUCCACAGCUCAGUCCUAAACUGGCUGGAACCAGUCCAACUGGUCCUGCAGGUUCUGUGUGGAGUCUGACUGACAGCGACUGUCAGAUGGUGGCGUCUGCGUUGUGUGUCCUCUCUGAGCUGCCGUCCAUCUGCUCACCUGAAGGAAGUGUGUCCAUUCUCCCCACUGUCCUCUACCUGCUGCUUGGUGUCCUCAGAGAGCUGGUACACCAGCCCAGCACUUACACUGCAGGUGCGGUGGGCGGGGCUAAUGUGGGCGUGGUGGUUCAGGCGGCUCUUCAGGCUCUGAAGUGUGUGCUGAUGUCACCGAUGAGUCGACAGGAGAAGUGUCGAGGAGCCUGGAAGCUUCUGCUGAGAUCAGCUCUGAACACACUGCUGCAGCUAUGGACUGCAGGUGAUGGUGUUGUUGUGGAUCACAUCAGUCUCCUCACAGCUCUCACCGUCUUCCAUGUCUCUGCUGGUCCUGACGUGUGUGUGGUGGAGCCUCUGCACACGCUCAGUCUGCAGCGCUUUACUUCCAGCAUGGACGCCAAAGACCCGCUGGUCAGUUCAUCAGCAGUGGAACAUGAGCUCCCUCUGGUGGAGAAGACUGAGGUGAGUCACUGUUUCCAGCUGCUCACCUCACUGUUCCAGGCUCCGCCCACCAUCGCCGUCCCGUUCAUCCAGAGCCUCGGUCCAGCACUGCUGCGAUUCCUCCAGGACGUGGAGCGGACUCGUCCUCAGACUCCUCAGGAGCUGCAGGAGGUUCUGGACGGAGUGCGGGCCAUGGAGGCUCUGGUCCAGGCUGCGGACGAAUCACAGCGUCCUCAGCUGGUGGCCAUCUUGCUCCCGCUUCUCAUUUCCUUCCUGCUGGAUGAAAACACUCUUGGCUCCGCCCCUGCUGCUUCCCGCUCCCUCCACGAGGCGGCGCUCAAAGACCUGAUGCGGCUCGGCCCCCAGCAUUCCACCGUUUUCAGGUCUCUCAUCACGUCGUCUCCUCACCUCAAGUCUCGUCUUGAAGCGGCCGUCAGAGGAAACCAGGAGAGCGUGAACGCUAAAGCCAGCAGCGCUAACCCCGCGGCCAAGGCGUCCCCCAGCAUCACGCUCAAGACCAACUUCCUGUGAGUCCAGACCAACUUCCUGUGAGUCCACUGACCACACGUCCACCGUCUCCUGGGACAAACUGCUUUUCUCUUUUUUUUCUUCUUUUGUCAUUAACGGAUCUAUUGUUUUCUACAUUUAGACGACAGAAUAAAUCAGUGAAGAGGGGAGGGGCUUGUGUGUGUAUGUGUGUGUGUGUCAUUAAAGUAUCCCUAAAAACCAAGGGUGCAGGUUUGUGUGUGGACAUCAAUAUCUGAAGAAAGCCAAAGCUGGUUUAUAAAAAAACUCUCAUCACCUUCUGACCUGUUCUGUUCCUCACACUGUAAUCAAUGACAGGUGUAAUAAAAUCAAUAAAAUACUACGUCACUUUAA